CGUGGCUAACCCAUUUCUGCUUACAAUCCGUCCGUCUUUUGGCCCGUUUUCGGUUCGACCCGUUUACAGACCCCUCUCGAAUCUGAAAUUGGAGAGAUUCAGAGAGAGAGAGAGGGAGAAGCAAAACCAAACUUCACUUUCUUGUAGAUCUCCGUUCGUUCAUAUGAUCGGUUCCUCAAUUCACCACCUGUAAUGCGAUCUGAAAAUUUCCUUCUAUAUUGACCAGCCUACGGGAUUUUCAGCUAGAAAAGAGCAAUGGACAAGUCUAGUGCUUUGGAGUACAUCAACCAGAUGUUCCCCACAGAGGCAUCUUUGACUGGUGUUGAACCACUUAUGCAAAAGAUACAUAAUGAGAUUCGACGAGUGGAUACUGAAAUUUUAGCAGCUGUUCGACAGCAGAGUAAUUCAGGGACUAAAGCGAAGGAAGACCUUGCUGCUGCUACAUGUGCUGUGGAAGAACUCAUGUAUAAAAUCCGAGAAAUAAAAACCAAAGCUGAGCAAAGUGAGACAAUGGUUCAAGAGAUAUGUCGUGACAUUAAAAAGUUGGACUUCGCAAAGAAGCAUAUAACAACAACAAUUACUGCUCUUCAUCGCCUUACCAUGUUAGUCUCUGCUGUUGAGCAGCUCCAAGUAAUGGCUUCAAAGAGACAAUACAAGGAGGCAGCUGCACAAUUAGAGGCUGUGAACCAAUUGUGUAGUCAUUUUGAAGCUUAUAGGGAUAUUCCAAAAAUCACAGAGCUCAGAGAGAAAUUUAAGAACAUCAAGCAAAUACUUAAAUCACAUGUGUUCUCUGAUUUCUCGAGCUUAGGUACUGGGAAAGAAACAGAAGAAACUAAUUUACUUCAGCACUUGUCUGAUGCUUGUUUAGUUGUGGAUGCUUUAGAGCCAUCUGUUAGAGAAGAGUUGGUGAAUAACUUUUGUAGCAGAGAGCUUACAUCUUAUGAACAAAUCUUUGAAGGAGCUGAACUUGCGAAGCUGGAUAAAACAGAACGAAGGUAUGCAUGGAUCAAACGGCGAAUAAGAACAAAUGAAGAGAUUUGGAAAAUAUUUCCUCUACCGUGGCAUGUUCCAUAUCGACUUUGUAUUCAGUUCUGUAAGAAGACAAGGAAACAACUGGAGGAGAUCCUUAAUAAUAUGAAGGAGAAGCCAGAUGUUGGAACAUUAUUGUUGGCUUUGCAGCGAACUCUAGAAUUUGAAGAUGAAUUGGCAGAAAAGUUUGGGGGGGGAGCUCAAGGCAAAGAGACAGGGAAUGAUAUUGAAGAAAUCGGUAGAGGGGAAACUGGUCAAAAUGUUUCAGAUAUUCGUAAGAAGUAUGAAAAAAAGCUUGCUGCGCACCAGGAAAAUGGUUCUGAGGAAAAGAAAGGAAACAAAGAGUUGUCGGCACCUGGAGCUGGGUUCAACUUCCGUGGAAUUGUUUCAUCUUGUUUUGAACCUCACUUGACAGUAUACAUAGAACUAGAAGAGAAGACACUAAUGGAGAAUUUAGAGAAGCUUGUUCAGGAAGAAACAUGGGAUAUUGAAGAGGGAAGUCAAAAUAAUGUUCUAUCAAGCAGCAUGCAGUUGUUCCUUAUAAUCAAGAGGAGUUUGAAGAGAUGCAGCGCUUUAACAAAGAACCAGACAUUGUUUAAUUUGUUCAAGGUUUUCCAAAGAAUUCUUAAAGCGUAUGCUACGAAGCUUUUUGCAAGACUACCCAAGGGUGGCACAGGAAUUGUUGCAGCUGCUACGGGUAUGGAUGGUCAGAUAAAGACAUCGGAUCGAGAUGAAAGAGUGAUUUGUUAUAUUGUCAACUCAGCUGAAUACUGUCAUAAGACGGCUGGUGAGCUGGCUGAAAGCAUUUCCAAAAUAAUUGAACCUAAUUUUGCUGACACGGUGGAUAUGUCAGAAGUUCAGGAUGAGUUUUCUGCAGUUAUAACCAAAUCAUUAGUAACUCUAGUGCAUGGCCUGGAAACUAAAUUUGAUGCUGAAAUGGCUGCGAUGACUCGUGUUCCAUGGGCUACACUUGAAAAUGUUGGAGACCAAUCAGAAUACGUUAAUGGCAUCAAUAUGAUUCUUACUAGUAGCAUUCCAGUUCUUGGUGGCCUCCUUUCACCUCUAUACUUCCAGUUCUUCCUUGAUAAGCUUGCAUCAUCACUUGGUCCACGCUUCUAUGCAAACAUUUUCAAAUGCAAGCAGAUAUCAGAAACUGGAGCCCAACAAAUGUUAUUGGAUACUCAAGCUGUGAAGACAAUUCUUUUAGAAAUACCUACCCUUGGUCGACAGACAUCAGGUGCGGCUAGCUAUUCAAAGUUUGUAAGCCGUGAGAUGAGUAAAGCUGAAGCACUGUUGAAGGUCAUACUGUCCCCCAUUGAUUCUGUUGCUGAUACGUAUCGGGCAUUGUUACCAGAGGGAACACCUAUGGAAUUUCAGCGGAUUCUAGAGCUCAAGGGUCUUAAGAAAGCCGAUCAGCAAACUAUCUUGGAUGACUUCAACAAACAUGGGCCUGGGAUUACACAGCCUUCUAUCACACCACAAAUGGUUGCUGUUGCCCAACCAGCCCCAAGUCAUGCUAUUGCUUCAUUAAUGCCCAGUUCUGCUUCGAUUGGACUUAUUGCUUCCCGAGAGGAUGUGCUUACACGUGCAGCCGCGCUUGGAAGAGGUGCUGCCACAACAGGUUUCAAGAGGUUCCUUGCUCUCACUGAAGCUGCAAAAGACAGGAAGGAUGGGCCUUUUAGAAAGCUCUUCAACCCAUAACAGAAUGAGGCUCUCAUGUAGGACUGUAAACCACUUCUCUUUUAAUCUUUUCAGAAAUUUUUGUUCUUAUCUGAUUUUCCUGAGAUUUUCGACACAAACAGGAAAGAGAAAAAAAAUUGUAUAUUAUUUCCUUGAUAGUUUAAUAAGAAAUCCCAUAAUCUUUUUGUUCGUUAUGUGAGUGUGAUCUACCGCGUGAUCCAGAUUUGGACUGAAUAAAACAUCUGUUUUAUGUUAUAGUUGGAAUUGGUUAUUGAAAGAGGAUUUUCUCCAAA